AUGGGCAAGCACACCUCCAAGCAGUCUUCCUCGAAGUCCAAGAGCUCCGGCGCUAGGGCAGCCAACGGGCAGAACUCCUCGUCCAGCACCGUCCCGGUUGACCGAUCGCUCGGCAGGAGCCAGACAACGACGAUCAUGGGGGCUCACGACAGUCCGAUGGGGGUCCGGGGCCUCGGCGACGUACGCUUCGUCCCGGCCGCAGCAGCAGCAGCAGCAGCAGCAGCAGCCACACUGAAGUACGGCAUGAUCCUUCAAGGAGAUCCUAGUCUGACUAUGGGACUGUUCUGA